UGGUUGAAAUCUGUUCAGAUAUAAUUACAAUUCACAUAAUCGCAACAAAUUAUUACAGGCAUUUAUGGAUGCAACACAACCCAGAAAUUUAGUAAUUUGACCAACUCAAUCCAAACUCUAGGGUUUGUCUGUUUAGUUGAAUCAUCAAGGGACUACGAGUGGCUAGAGAGAGAAAAUGAGGCAUGCGGGUCUGGAUCUAUUUGAUCCGAGGACGGCCGUGAUGGACUCCGACUGCAACCUUUCACCGUCAAACGGACGUGAACAGGAGGAUUUCGGGUUCGCGUUCAAUGACAGCAACUUCUCGGACCGAGUCCUCCGAAUUGAGAUCAUGCCCGAUUCCCCAGACACCCCACCCGACUCGGAGGGUUGCCAAACCCUGGCUGAUUGGACGACCCGCAGGAGCAAGCGCCGCCGUGAAGAUAUCGUCGAGAAGGAAAAUGACAUGUGCCACUCGUUUGCAGCUUUGGAUAUCAACGUUUGCCCAGAGGAGCAGACUCUUGAUUGUCAGCAGCCUGAUAUUGAAGUUUGUGUGGAUGACGACAAUCACGACGAAGAAGAAAUUCCAAUGAUCAAAGGAUUGCCUCCAGGAGAUGAAGAUGCAAGUAGUGAUGAUUCAAAUUGGUCUGACGAUAUGUCAAGAGUUCUAAGAGUUAAAACAUUACAUAUUAGCUCUCCAAUUUUAGCGGCAAAGAGUCCAUUCUUCUUUAAGCUAUUCUCAAAUGGAAUGAUGGAGUCAGAGCAGAGACAUGUAACCCUAAGAAUUAAUGCCUCUGAGGAAGCUGCCCUGAUGGAGCUCCUGAAUUUUAUGUAUAGUAAUACUUUAACUAUAGCUACAGCUCCUGCUUUACUGGAUGUACUUAUGGCUGCUGAUAAAUUUCAAGUUGCUUCGUGCAUGAGAUAUUGUAGCCGCUUACUGCGGAACUUGCCCAUGACCCCAGAAUCUGCAUUGUUAUAUCUGGAUCUUCCUUCUAGUGUCCUAAUGGCUGAUGCGGUGCAACCAUUAACUGAUGCAGCAAAACAGUUCUUAGCUGAUCGUUAUAAAGAUAUAUCAAAGUAUCAAGAGGAGAUUAUGAAUCUUCCUCUUGCUGGAAUUGAGGCAAUUUUGUCUAGUGACGACCUCCAGGUGGCAUCAGAGGAUGCAGUGUAUGAUUUUGCAUUGAAGUGGACUAGGUCGCAUUAUCAAAAGCUGGAGGAGAGGCGGGAGAUCCUUGGUACUCAUUUAGGUCAAUACAUACGUUUUCCUUACAUGACUCCUCGGAAAUUGAAGAAGGUUCUUACAUGCAAUGACUUUGAUCAUGAAUUUGCAACCAAAGCUGUCCUUGAAGCCCUAUUUUUCAAGACUGAGCCCCCACAUCGCCAACGACUUCAUUCCUUGGAGGAUUUGACCUCUACAAACCAUCGCUAUGUGGAACGGGCCUACAAGUAUCGGCCCAUUAAGGUGGUUGAGUUUGAACUUCCACACCAACAGUGUGUGGUCUACUUGGAUCUCAAGCGGGAGGAAUGUGCCAAUUUGUUCCCAUCUGGACGGGUGUAUUCUCAGGCUUUCCACUUAGGUGGACAAGGGUUUUUCCUCUCCGCGCAUUGCAAUAUGGAUCAACAAAGCUCUUUCCAUUGUUUUGGUCUUUUCCUCGGGAUGCAAGAAAAGGGUUCCGUGACAUUUUCCGUUGACUAUGAAUUUGCUGCCAGAUCUAAACCCACAGAGGAGUUCAUUAGCAAAUACAAGGGCAAUUACACUUUCACAGGGGGGAAGGCAGUUGGAUAUCGCAAUUUAUUUAGCAUUCCAUGGACUUCUUUCAUGGCUGACGACAGUCUUUACUUUAUCAAUGGCAUACUCCACCUCAGGGCCGAGCUUACCAUCAGGUGCUAGAGCUAACUUUGUAGUUUACAUUAUGUUGAGAUUAUCAGAUGUCCUGCUUAAAUAUCGAAGCUGCAUUUUGUGUGUUCUGUGUAAUGAAUCAGAAGACGUGUGACUCGCAUGUAAUUGAUACAUUGAGAUUAUGAAAAUGCUGCUGUAAUGAAAUCUCAAAAUUAUAAUGGAUGUAUGUUUUGUUUGUCGAAGA